AGCAGAAAACAGCUGAUUGCACCCGCAUGCUCCACCUGAGUGAUUUGCUGCUCUCUUUAUUUACGCUAAUUGUUUUGAUUUAAAUUGUGUAAAUUAAAUAGAGAAAUCAGUGGCAGAAUGUCAAAACCAAUUACCUUUGUGACAGGCAAUGCCAAGAAGCUGGAGGAGCUGUUGGCCAUUCUAGGGCCCAGUUUUCCCCGGCCAAUUGUGUCCCAAAAGAUUGAUCUGCCAGAAUUGCAAGGUGACAUUGAUGAGAUUGCCAUAAAAAAAUGCAAGGAGGCAGCGCGACAGGUAAACGGUCCCGUGCUAGUGGAGGACACCAGCUUGUGUUUCAACUCGCUAGAAGGCUUGCCGGGUCCUUAUAUCAAGUGGUUCCUAGAGAAACUGCAACCGGAGGGCUUACAUCGCCUGCUCCAUGGAUGGGAAGAUAAGUCCGCCCAGGCUAUCUGCACCUUUGGCUAUUGCGACGGCGUUGGAGCAGAGCCUUUGAUCUUUAAGGGCAUUACCGACGGCAUCAUCGUUGAGCCGCGCGGUCCCCGGGACUUUGGCUGGGAUCCCGUGUUCCAACCAAAGGGCUACGACAAGACCUACGCUGAACUCCCGAAGACCGAAAAGAACACCAUAUCGCAUCGGUAUCGCGCUUUGGCCCUGCUGCAGCAGCAUUUCGAGAAGCAGGACAAGCAAAUAAACUAGG